AUGAUCCCCGACUCCGAACGUACCUCCUACCUAGCUGCUGGGUGGGAGCAAGAUUAUGAACCCACUCCUCUUCGCCACUUUUCCAGUGCUCUACAAUGGUACGAGUCCAACUACGACAAGAAUAUUUAUUCUGGCCGCAUGAUUGCCAUUCUUCAAUCGAGCGGCGCGGGUAAAUCACGCCUAGUUGAUGCUCUUGCAACAGAGUAUCCUGUCUUUAGUAUUGUGUGCUGCAGUCAUGACAGAAUAAUCGGCUGGCCGCCGAGUGACCAAUGGGCGAUGAAGUUCUUUGAAGAGCACUCUGAAAUGGCUACAGAUAUAAGAGGUGAAGAGAUGGCGGCUGCGUUUCUCGGUGCGCUGAUAGGGGCGCUUGCUGACCAGUACGAGCUCUCGCUAUUCAAGGGCAAGGAUCGUGGUUUUGGCUACUCAUCGACGGAGAGAGCUUCACUUUUUGAAGCAGUCUAUACGAAGGCCAACACUAUGCUUCGUGAGAACGAGGAGUUUCUCAUCGAGGAACGUAAAUGGAUAGAUAUGGUCUACGGAAAGGCGAAGUGGCCAACUCAUAAAUUCCCCGGAGGCAGCAAAGAGUGGCACCAACGACUCUUUGCGAGGUUUUGUGGAGAGCCGUUCGAGGAAAUGAGCCGUAAACUCGAGGCAGAUCACGAAACGAGAUUCUUGCUUGCCUUCGACAACUGCGCAGACCUCGGCCGCAACCUGCCCGAAAUAGACGGACCCAGUCGCCAGAUGUCAUCAUACGCGCUCCUGCGCGUCCUCAAGGCUGCAGAGUAUUUUACGAAGCCCGUUUGCUUCUGGUUUCUCCCUGUCGAUACGAACCCCUCAGAGAUUCUGCCUCAUCCGUCGGAUGUUUUACGCCCACUCCCUCCUUUUGUCUAUCUAGGCUUCGACCAGUUUAUCGACCGGGUGCAGAAGGACAGAGCCUCUGACUCGUUAUGUCUCAGGAACCUGAGAAACUAUGGUCGGCCGUUAUGGUCAACCGUAAAACCAAGCGAUCUCUUGAAAUUGGCACGGCAGAAACUCUUCUCAGGACAUUUAUUCUUUCCAGACAACUCAAGUCAUGUUUUUGCAGCCUUCGCCUUUCGAGCAUGUAUCGAGCUCAACGGAAGCGAGGGCUCAAGCCGGCUUGCCGCGUCGGCUGUUGCCUAUCAUAUGAACAUUUUCCGUUCAUUUUCCAGAGACAGCCUGAACACGAUAUCCCCCUCAGAACCCAUGCUUGCGAUUGCAUCAGCGAGUGCGCUGACGUCGACUGCUGGCAAAUACCUUCGUGCUUGCAAUACUCUCUUGGAGAAAUUGGUUAGUGGGAACUUGCUGAGCGACGUUGGGGAUCAAGGAGAACUUUGUAGUCGCCUUUUGCUCCUGCUCGCUCGCGACGUCACCACCUUUCGGUUUCACGACAGGUUUGUAAGGCCGUAUGGGAGCGAUGAGGGAGACGGCGGCGAUCAGAUUUAUGCUAUCUCGUUGACCGACUUUCUGGACGCUCUCCUCGGUCCGUCGAGUCCACUCCCCCGGACGGAAAUUGAUCGUGCGAUGAGCUUCGGCUUCAAGGAAAUGGAGCUGGCUCGAGAGCUCCGCGCCUUCUGCGAUGACAAAUGGGUCAAUUUCACGCACUUCGUGAGAAUUCAUAAAACUAUCGACCACCUUACUCUUAGCGAUCUCGAGACCGCCUGGUUCCGAGGUGCAGCCAUCCAAUGCGACCGCAACCAACCUGUCAUCGACGGGGGGAUCGUCUACUACGAUGGAUUACUCGAUGCGCCGUACGAUCCAUCACGUCUUGGUUUCUUGGCGUACCAAACCACGGGGAAAAGGAGGAGCGGAGGCGGGGAGAUCGGCGCCGGUCUGACUGCUCCGCCAAUAUUGCGCCCUCAACCCGACCACGGCGGGUUCCACCGCUACAAACCAAAGACGAUCGUCAUGCUCAUGGACCUCGCCGCCGCGUCGCAUUUCGAAUACAGCGGUGGCCAGAAUUCCUGGCUGCGGCUGCGCGCAGCGCAGAAACCCGCUCGGAGCUCAUGGGCUGGCUAUGCGGACCCGCAGAGGGGCGAGGAAGAGCCAGAGAGCUUCUUUAUCAACGUCCGCGGGUGCUCGUCGACGGAGUAUCCGCUCAUGAGACGGUCGCCGUUUGGCUACUUUGCGGAUUUCUUCCGCUGUCUCAUGGAGCACGAUAAUCCGGCAGAGCUGAAGGACAUGGAAGGUGGUAUGCUGGAGGCUAUGGAUCCAUUUGGUGGACCUGCAGUGGACAGGGCGACGACUAAGAGGAAGCGAGAAGAGAGGGAAGAGAGUGAGGAACAUAGGGUAAACGAUAGCGAGGCUCGUAGCGAGUCCGAGUCUAUGCCCGUCGCUGUGUAA